AUGACCCAGCCAACGAAAGACACCCAAGAGGACCAAGGAAAACCAGAGGUUGGGGCUUCGGGGCGUAAAAUCAUCUAUGAUAAAGAUGGUAAACCAUGUCGAUCAUGCAAUUCAUUACUAGACUUUAAAUUCGCCAUGUCCGGUGGGAAUCCUAUCAAGAAAGAGAAAGUUGAACAACCUCAAGAACCCAAAGAGUGCCCACCUGAUGUUGAGCAAUUAGGAAGAUCCUCAUGGACUUUACUUCAUUCCAUUGCAGCCAGAUACCCAGAAACACCUCUGAAUAAGCAGCAAGCUGAUUUAAAACAAUUCAUUAAACUUUUUGGGAAUUUCUACCCUUGUUGGUUUUGCGCUAAAGAUUUUAAGGAAUAUAUUGAAUUGAAAGAACCAAAUACUACUACUCAAGAUAAUUUUGGUAAAUGGUUAUGUGGAGCUCAUAAUGAAGUCAAUAAAAAAUUAGGUAAACCUGAAUUUGACUGUAAUUUAUGGAAAGAAAGAUGGAAAGAUGGUUGGAAAGAUGGUAGCUGUGAUUAA